AAUAAAUACUUAGACACAUUUACUGUCUGUGCCAGAGUUUAGAAAGGGGAUGAGAUUUUGGUAUGGUCCGCAUCUGCUUUAAAUUUAAUCUUCAUGCAGAAGGCUUUUUCAGUGACUACGUUACUUUGCCACAUAUUGAUUUGACAUGGUUACUAUAAAAUUUCACGUAAUUUUUGUUUAAAAGAAAACAUUCCUAGAAAGUAUCUUCAUUUUAUUUUAUUUUUUUUUACAAAGCUGUUUAAGAAGAGAAAAUACACAUAGAUCAGUAAGCUAAGACUUCAUAUUCAUUGAAAGAUCUUUUGUAAAUUUGCAUGUGUAAAAGGAUGUUGUAUGGGUAGGACACCAAAACUGGUUUUAACUCAGGGACACAGAUUCUUCUACAUCUGGACCGUUCUAUCAGAAGAGCAUUAAUGAACAACCAUAUACAAAAAGUAAAUGAUGAUUAUAGUAAACAGCCAGUGUUACUGUGGACAUGCAUUUGAAGUUCCUGGUGCAGUUGCUUGCAAAGACCUGAUUUCUAUUCAAAUCUAAACAUACAGUAAACUAUUCAGUCUGAGAAUGUUUAAGUGUUGUUAGCAAUGCAUGCCUAAAACUCAAAUCAAGUUAGAGUUGUAAAAAAAUUACUUUCAAAAAGCAGCACAGAAAUAACCCCAUCAUGUUUUGUUAAUCUCUAACAGAUUGCACAUCUCGGUGGAACUAACCCACGGGAUGAUCAAACAGCAGGUUCUCUGUGACCCAGAUUUUCCUGGGUAGGGGGCGUCAGAUCUCACAGGCUCUCCUGACCUGCAGAAGCAGCAGCAGCAGCAACCCAGCCGGGCCACCAACCAAAAAGGGAAAGUCUGCAGUCCAGAUCUGAACAACGGUGCUCCUGAUGUCUAGCAACUCCAGUAAAGUGGCAGCAGUUCAAUUGAAGGAAGGAGGAGAAGGGGAGGGAUUCUGAAAGUUAGGAAAUCUCAGCUUGACUCAUGCUGUUGAAGGUAUUCUUGGAAAGACGGGUAGCACUGGAAUGUAAACAGGUCUUGCAUUUCUCCUCAAACUCCUCACCGUAGUGAAGCAGUUUGGAUGCAGGUUCUGUGCUGGCUGCUGUGCCUCGGCCUGACUGAGGCACUCGCUGUGCUGCCAAAGGAGCAGGUGGCCCGGCAUGCCAUCAAGCUCUAUCGGAGCAAAGCGCCGGCGCAGGGCCACAGCUGGGUGACCAACAACUGCAAGCGGCUGGCGGGUCUGCUGCGGCAGAAGAAUGUGGCCAUCAACAAGCUGGCAGCCGCUGCGGCAGCUGUUGGGAAAGACCAAAGCCUUACAGAGCCAGAGAAGCACUUCCAGGUUCACACUCUGGAGGUUUUUCAGAAGGAGCUGAAUGAGAGCGAGCACCUGGUGUUCCAGGCGGUGCACGGCCUGCAGAGGGUGCUGCAGGGAGACUACAAGGAUGUGGUCAAUAUGAAGGACAGCAGCAGACAGAGGCUGGAGGCCCUCAGAGAGGCAGCCAUAAAGGAAGAACAGGAGUACGUGGAGCUGGUGGCUGCAGAGAAGCAUCAGCAAGAAGCUCUUAAGAGCGCUUUGGCCCAGAACAAGACUCUGUCCAUCUUGGAGGAGAUUUUGGAGGACGUCAGAAAGGCAGCUGACCGCCUAGAGGAGGAGAUCGAAGAGCAUGCCUUUGACAACAACAAACAGAUGAAGGGAGUGAAUGUCGAAGCAGUGCUAAGAGUGGAAGAGGAUGAGGAAAAAGGAGGGAAAACGAAGAAUAAAUCCAAACAGAAAGAGGUGGAGGAUGACUUGGGGCUCAGCAUGCUCAUCGACUCUCAGAAUAACCAGUAUGUUCUGACGAAACCACGAGACUCCACGAUGCCCAGAGCAGAUCAUCACUUCAUCAAGGACCUGGUUUCAGUGGUGAUGCUCUCUCUGCCUUGUGGUUGGAUUUGCUCCCUGGUGGGUCUUCCGCCUAUGUUUGGAUAUAUCAUCUGUGGGGUCCUGCUCGGCCCUUCUGGACUCAACAGCAUCAAGUCCAUAGUUCAGGUGGAGACUCUGGGGGAGUUGGGUGUGUUCUUCACUCUCUUUGUGGUGGGACUGGAGUUUUCACCUGAGCGCCUUCGAAAGGUAUGGAAGACCUCAGUUCAGGGGUCAUUCUACCUGAGCCUGCUGAUGGUGGCGGCCGGGUUGUUGUGGGGUCAGCUUCUCCAUAUUCGCCCCACCCAGACGGUCUUCAUCUCCACCUGUCUGUCCCUGUCCAGCACUCCACUGGUGUCACGAUUUCUGGCAGGAGGAAGCAGGGUGGAAAGAGAAGGUACCGGUGACCUGGACUACAGCAGCGUUCUCCUCGGGAUGUUGGUGAUGCAGGAUGUCCAGCUUGGCCUCUUCAUUGCUGUCAUGCCCACUCUGAUCCAGGCACAGAGCGGGGACUUGGACAGCUUUCUGUUUGGAGGUCUGCGAGUGCUGAAGCUCCUGUCUCAGGUCCUGGUGUCACUGGCUGCUGUUUUUUUGCUUUGUUUGGUGCUCAAAUCCUUCCUGAUUGGUCCGUAUUACAAGAAACUUCACUCUGAGAGCAAAGGCAACAAGGAGAUCCUGGUACUGGGGAUGACAGCGUUUGUCUUUUUCAUGCUGACGCUCACAGAGUUUCUGGAUGUUUCCAUGGAGUUGGGCUGCUUCUUGGCAGGAGCUUUGCUGUCAUCGCAAGGUCACAUGGUCACAGCCGAGGUCAUGGGGUGCAUCGAGCCAAUCAGAGAUUUUCUCGCCAUCAUCUUCUUUGCCUCUAUUGGUCUUCACGUGUUCCCUACAUUUGUGUUGUAUGAGCUCACCAUCUUGCUGGUGCUGACGCUCACACUCGUCAUUAUGAAGUUUGUCAUGGCUGUGCUGGUGCUGUCCACCAUCUUGCCUCCGAGUUCCCGACACAUCCGGUGGAUCGUCUCAGCUGGUCUGGCUCAGGUCAGCGAGUUCUCCUUUGUCUUGGGGAGCCGCGCACGUCGAGCCGGCAUCAUCUCCAGAGAAGUGUACCUGCUGGUCCUCAGCGUCACCACCCUCAGCUUGCUGCUGGCUCCGCUGCUGUGGAGAAUCACGACACACAAAUGGGUUCCUCGCCCCGAACGCAAAACGGUCACGUGACCACACUGACAUCAGGGCUGAAAAAAACCAUUCCUCUGUGACUUUACUAGAGCUGGUUGCAAUAUCACAUGAAGUCUUACUUUUUUUUAAAGAUGGAUUUAAUCUGCUUCAAAUCCAUUUCUCUCUGAUCCAACACUACUGCUGAUUGUAAUAGUAAAUACAAAAGAGAAAUUCUUACAAUAUUUCCACUGGAGGAUUUUUUUAAUACUUAGACUGUUAAUCGUGUCUCUACGGUAUGUUCAUUAUUACAUCUUAUCAUGCUGAGCUCAAUAUUGUCUCAUUUUGCACAUUAACUUUGAAAAUCAAUGGACCAAAUCUUAACAGUUUGCCAUAUAAAUGUUUGCCUAUUUAUAGUUUUUCUUUAUGGAUGCUAUGACAUUACUGUUUGGACUUUCUCUGUUGUAAUUUGAGGCAUCAAUGAUCACAGACCUCGCCUCAGGCUGAAGUCAAAGAUCUCUGCUGAUUAACAUAAAUGAUACUUUGGUUUAAUCUCAUCCUUUUCUUACUGAGAGUUUCAGGAAAACUGACUAAAUCUGCCCAGAAAUCUUGUUUUUCGGGUACGUUAGACUUCACUAAUAACAGCAAAGACAUUGAAAAUGUAUAGAAUUACGUUUGAUAAUUUAUUAUUCACUGGUGUUAUCUGAAGAAAAAAUGCCAGCACUCAUCCUCUGAAUGUCAAAAAUGAUGUGCCUGCUUUGCCCUGUUCCACCCGGCACUAAAAGGAAGAGCUUUUACACUGAAAUGUAAAUUUAUCAAAACAUGUGCAAUGUUAAUAUGUAUCACCAUCAGACAUUACUGUUUAUAUUUAUUAGUUUUAUAUAUUCCAUUUGUUUGAGGGGUUUUUUAAUUUAAUUUUGUAUUUUAUUUCUGUUGUCAUUUCCAUUUUUUUAUUCAGAUCUUCACUUGUGUUGAACUUACUUGGAUUUAUAAAUCUUUAGUAAAAAUAAAAUGA